UUUUGAAAUUCGCUUUGAUUUGUGUUGGUUUGACGAAUAGGAUGGGGCUGCUGGUUAAAAUGACAUGAUUAUUUGUUUUGGAUAUAUUUUUUUGUGCGUUGAGUGGAAUGAUAUCAAGUUAUUGAUUUUUAUUUGCAAUUAAUAAAGGUUAAGGGUUUCUGAUUUUAGUUUUCAACCGAGUGUUGGUAUUCAUUGUGAAAUUGGCAACAAAUUUAGCGACUUGGUGUGACUUGGUGUAGUGUGUAUAUCGUAACAUGUGGUGACGGAUAUAUCUAACCUAAUUUGUUGCAAGGAUUAUGCAGAUUAAGUAAACAUUGCAAAUUAAAAGAAGUGAAUUGAGUUUGAGUUGAUUGAGAUACGAAUUUGUUUGGAGAUUUUGUGGAAUGAAGGAGUUCAAUUGUUUUAACAGCUGUAUUUGCAGAUCUAAGGUUUUGGAUAUUGAUAAUGACGACCCUUGAUGCGGAUAUAGUUUCACAUCGCCGGAGUUACUACCAAAUGACUGAUUUUCACAAGAACACAAGAUUAUUUAGCAUGACUAAGAGGCGUAAAGAAGUGUCGGUCCGUGAUCAUGGGAUUGAAAGGUCCAACAUCGUGAAGCAGGAUCUUGCCUCAAUGGCUGCUAAAGUACAUUCGACUGAUAGAGAUCUGCAGCUGGGUGGAACUGUCCUAAUUCGUAAACGCCUUAUGUUAGGACGACAAGAAACUGCAAAAGUUAUACAACUUGGUUUGGUACCUCGCAUUGUCGAGUUGUUAAGUAGGGAGGAUUCUGCCGAGCUUCAGGUUGAAGCUGUUGGGUGUCUUUCUAUCAUUGCCUCAGGAGUAGUAUAUAAGUGGACAAAGGAUGUCCUAGACAGCAGAGCGGUCCCAGCACUUGUAAAACUUCUACUUUCUCCAAAAGAUAAAGUUCAGGAGCAGGCUGUUCAUGCAUUGGGAAAUAUAGCUGGAGAUUGUGCUGAAAGCCGCGAUCAUGUUUCUGCCAACGGUGCGUUGACUCCUUUGCUUCGUUUGUUGCUUGAGAAGGAUGCUAAGGAUCCCAUUCUAAGAACUGCAAGUUGGACAUUGUCCAACUUAUGCGGAGGAUAUCCAUUUCCUCCGUUUGAACAGACAAAAGCAGCUCUUCCGGUAAUUGUGGAUCUCAUCAAGACCAAGGGGAAAGACAAAGAUGUCUUGACAGACUUAUGCUGGUCUCUCUUUUAUAUUUCCGAGGCUACUGCUGAGGGACAUAAAGCGGUGCUUGCUGCCAAGGUCUCUCAACGCCUUCUGGAGCUUCUGAGUCCUCAGCUCCCCGCUGAAGUUGCCAAUGCUGCACUUUGUUGUGUUUGUAAAAUCUACCUCACAAACGAUCAAACUGAGGGUUUUAUAAAUCUUGAUUUCCUUUCAAAACUGGCCAACUUGUUGCCAGUCAAGAAUAUGAAAGAGCAAGUGUGCCGUACAAUAACUACUAGCAUCAUCACUUCAAGAAACAAACAUGCUAUUAUUGAGGAUGUGAUCGAGGCUCAAUUACUUAAAAGGCUAAUCAAAGAAGUCGAGAAUGCACCGUUUCGGGUUAAAAGAGUCGCAGGACAAGCUGUUGCAAAUGUCAUUUUGUGUUCUUCACCGGAACAAAUCAGGCGUUUUGUGGACAAGGACUGUGUAAACGCAAUGGAUAUUAUCCUUGAACUCAAUGAUUUGGGAAGCGUUCACCUUGCUUUACAAGGGAUUAACAAGAUUUUGAAAGUAGGCCAAGAGCAGCAGUUAGAUGUUGAAGUUAGUUCCUCCUAUGCAGCAUCAUUUGCUGAAGCACCUGCCUUAGAAAAGAUUAGGUAUUUGAGUAGUCUACACGUGGGUGAUGUUAGUGAUACUGCUCAACAGAUUGUUGACAUGUAUAUGUGAGCUGUGUAUGACCUGUAUAUGUGAGCUGUGUAUGCGAAAUAUGCAUGCACCAUAGUACGUCUUAUACUUCAUUUAUCAGAUUAUUUCAUUUCUCAUUUGCUCGUCGUUGUAAAAAAACUUAUUUCUUCAAACUUUUUGCUGAUAAUAAUAAUCAAUUGUUAUAAUUUCUUGAAAAA